GGUAGGCAUUUUCUUUGUCCAGUCCUGACCCUCUUCACUAGCCAAAGAAGGGAAGGAAAACCGAUGAGACAGAGAAGGUCGGUCUGACCUGCACCUUCUCUUCAGAUGUGCAGUUAUUCAGUUGUCACCACGCCAAAGACUUGCCUCAGACUUCUCUUCCUACUAGAUGCCAUCCGUCCAAAAGAUACAGGAGUUCAGGGUGAAGUUAUAUUUCAGUCAUUUUGCCUAUCUCCUUGGUCAGAGCGUGGAGUGCGGGUCCCUCUUACUGGCCACGAGGGGCCAGCAUCGGAGGGACCGUCCGUCAGGGGUCCUUAUCAAUUGUGGCAAGGCCCUGUCCCAGGGUCACUGCGCACCACCUGCCCACGGUAGCCGGACUCUUGUGCCCUGGGAUGAGGCCCAGAGAGGGUUAAGGGGGCGGGACCUGGGUCAGCCCCCCCUCUGCCGCUGGGUCCGAGCGCGCACUAGACGUGGGCGUGGGGCGGGUUGGAGCGGGUGGCGGAUGAGGGCCCUUCGUGGGGCGGGUUGGAGCAGGUGGCGGAUGAGGGCCCUGCGAGGGGCGAGCGCGGCAACGGCUGGGGUGGUGUGGCCAGCGGAGGGUCCCGAGGCGGGCGGUGGGCGUCUAUGCUUUCGCAGCCCCGCUCGGGGCUUCCGCUGCCAGGCGCCUGGCUGCGUGACGCUGGUCUCGGCGGGGGGGUCGCUACGCGCCCACGUCCUGCGCAACCGCAGCGUGCUGCUGCAGUGGCGCCUGGCUCCGGCCGAGGCGCGCCGCGUGCGAGUCUUCGCGCUGAACUGCUCGUGGCGUGGCACCUACACACGCUUCCCGUGCGAUCGCGUGCUGUUGGGCGCCUCCUGCCGCGACUACCUGCUGCCCGAUGUGCACGAUAGCGUGCGUUACCGCUUGUGCCUGCAGCCGCUGCCGCUGCGCGCCGAGGUCGCCGCCGCCCAGCCAGAGCUCGCCGAGUGCUUGGAGUUCACCGCCGAACCGGCAGCUAUGCAGGAGAUCGUGGUGGCCAUGACGGCGGUGGGCGGCUCCAUCUGUGUCAUGUUGGUGGUCAUCUGCCUGCUGGUGGCCUACAUCACCGAGAACCUCAUGCACCCGACCUUCCGGCGACCCAGUCGGCGCAGGCAGUCCUGAAACGCAAGGCGACCCUCCCACCUGGGUUCCACCUGCCCAAAUGUGCUAAGACCCUAGGCCCCUUCCUUGCUUACCUCUCAUUCCCUCUCUCUCUUUACGAUGCCCAUGGAGAGCCUAAUGGAGACUAGCCCGUGCAGGGAUCUUGUCAACAUCCGACGACCUUGCCAGCCCCAGCUGGGUUUCUGCCUUCCAGACUCAGGCCUCAGACUGGCCAUGGGCUCCAGGCUAGAGUGUUAGCCAGGGUUCUUCCCUGUCUCUAGAGGCCUUGUAGGGACGGCCAGAAUUUACAGUCCCUCUGUCAAGAGCCACUGGCACCCAGGAUCAUCAACCUGAACUUUCGUCUUGUGCUAGGUUGUCAGAGCUUGGGCGUGAUUGUUGUUGCUCGGUCACUUUGCGAUUUGCAGAUAGGGACGAGUGACCUCUGGAUCCUGUACCCACCUCACCUUACCCAGUGGGCUUAGGUUAGCUUUGUGCCUUAGUUUCUCUGGCCCAAUGCAGGAGCCACCCAUCAUCCCUCAGCUGUCCAUGGGGAUUUGUGGCCCUGCGACUGGCUGGUUUAUGCAUGCUUUUGCCCAGAGUCCCAUUGAGGACACAACCAUCUUCGAGAUUUUCAGGCAGGGGUUCACAGGCCCUGUUUUGUCUUCCUAUGUGGGUGUCCAAGAAGCCAAGAGCCAUGAUGUAGCUCAGCAGGCUGGACCCAAUGUCUAGCUGCUGCAUCCAGGGGUGAGGGUCCUCCACCUUAGGAGGCUGGGGAUUCACCCUUUCCUUUCGCUUGUACUGCCUUGAUUAGGACUUUCCCUGUGUGUGUGUGUGUGUGUGUGUGUGUGUGUUGGGGGGGCAGUGUUGGGAGGACAGAUGAAGGGAUCAGGAGACCUGAAGGAAAGCUGCCAGCCUUGUCCUCCAGCCAGACCCUUAACUGUGGUCUGGAUCCCAAGCCUCAGCCAACUUGAGACCUCAGUGGCCACGGUGCCACUUCAUUACCCCAUGUCCUUCUUACAACUAGAGGGUAGAGAGCCUGAAAUCUGACUCCAGUGAUGUGUAGCCCCUCCAUCUGCAUGGUCAGAGGUUGGCCUUGCCUGCCUCCUGGCAGACACAGGGACCUAGCUGAGGUCAUCCAGCCAUCUGGUGAUAUUGUGCACUUUCCAUGUCUCUGAGCCUGGGCUCUGACCACUGGACUUGGCCCCUGGCUAUUUCCCCUCCCAUUCUUCCCCCAGUGACCACAAUGACUUGAGCCCUGGCUGGUAGCGCUUAUGCCCUACCUCUCUGUCUUUGCUCUGCCCACUCCCUGUGAGGCACUGGACAGUUGCCAACAUCUAAAUGUCCAUCACUCUCAGACCAACAA